AUGAGCAGUGAAGAACAAGUUUUCAACUUUACCUUCCCAACAGAAUUUCUGCUCCUGGAGUUCUCAGAUAUUCGAGAAUUGCAGAUCUUACAUUCCGUUGUGUUCCUUGCAUUGUACUUGGUAGCAGUGAUGGCCAAUCUUCUCAUCAUCCUGGCAGUAACACUUGAUUAUCACCUCCACACUCCCAUGUACUUUUUCUUAAUGAACUUGGCUGUUCUCGAUAUUGGCACAAUUUCUGUCUUGGUGCCCAAGGCUAUGGCCAAUUCCCUCGUGGGAAGCAGGACAAUUUCUUAUCCUGGAUGCGUAGCUCAAGUUUUCUUUCUGUUCUUCUUUGUAGGGACAGAUUUUGCCCUCCUAACAGUGAUGGCACAUGACCGGUAUGUCUCUAUCGGCAACCCACUACAAUAUGAGGCAGUUAUGCAUAGAAGAGCAUGCAUUCAGAUGGCAACCAGUGCAUGGAUCAGUGGUGUGCUUCAUGCAUCACUGAACACUGGAGGCACUUUUGCAAUCACUUUCUGCUCCAAUGUGGUCAAUCAAUUCUUCUGUGAAAUCCCACAGUUAUUAAAACUUUCCUGCUCUGACCUGUACUUAGUUGAAAUUGGGAUUAUUGUAUUUACCUGUGGCAUAGUGUUGGGAUGCUUUAUCUUCAUCAUUCUAACUUACAUGAAUAUUUUUGCAACAGUGCUCAAAAUCCCUUCUGUUCAGGGUCAGAAAAAAGCCCUUUCCACUUGCAUUCCCCACCUCACUGUGGUUUUUCUACUUGUAUUUAGUGGAAUAUUCUCCUAUGGAAAGCCUCCUGCUGAUACUUCAUCAGAUCUAGAUAUUGUUUUUGCAGUUUUUUAUGCUAUACUCCCUCCAUUGCUCAAUCCAUUUAUCUAUACCAUGAGAAACAAAGAGAUCAAGACUGCCAUAUUAAAGCUUUUCCAUAUGUCACAUUUUUCUAAAAGCAUCCUUUGCAGAGUUGCGUAG